AAACUUAAAGAGGAUAUGUCGCUUGAUGAAGCAACUGUCCGGAGCCGAAUUGCCGCCGUAGGUGCAGAGCCGUGGCCUGUCAUCAUGGAUAUAACCGUCGCCUCCGUUUCUGUAACGAGGCUCUUCAUGAGCACCGAGUAUGGCGGCUCACCCGUCGCAGUUUUUCCCUCGAUCGCAGAGGCAAGAUUCAAGGUCCACGGCUACAAAGAUUUCAUGUUCAUGAGCGUGAAGUGGCACCCGAAUGCGCCUUCUCGUCCGGGAGAGCCUGGGCUAUGGUAUAAUCCGACGCCACUCGCAGAUACUUGGAUGGAGGACAAAGGCGCUGUACAGCGGCUAUUUGUAGGCCUGGACCAAUCCAAGUGGAUGUAUUUUGGUCAGUAUAAGCUGGCACCGGCACCCUCACUUACACAGACGGAGUGGGUGCUUCAAAGUCCCAAGGUAAAGAACACUUGGGGACGCGAGAUACAGAGCAAAUCUUGGGGAAAGCAAGUUCGAGUCGAGGUCAUUCUGCGGCGAGAACUCGGCCGUGAGCCAACCAGGACAGAAGUUCGAGAUGCCUAUAACUCGAAUGAUCGAUACGACAAUGUCACCGCAGAAGAGAUCAUAAAAGCCUAUGACGAGGGGAAGCAGAACCUUGGCAUCGCUACGCUAAAAUGCGUUGGAUAUGACGAAGAAUUCCAGCGGAAGCUGGCACAAGCAUUCCCAACUUGGGUACCUCCUCAAUCCAAGUCCAAGAAGAAGGGACAUGCAAAGAAGAUUAGGAGAUCAAAAGGGAAAACUGCAGCCAACAAAGAUGAGAUCUUCUCGGACGGGAACGAGGAGGACGACGAUGUUCAGAUCAUUGAGGGGCCUUAUGUGAAGAAAGGCACUCGUAGUCGGCCAGUACUCUAG